AUGGUUGUUGCAAAACCGUACGCUGACGACAUUGCACUGACAGAUGAGGACAAACAGAAACUGAAGCAUAAAGUGAACCAAUGGAAGGGUGCGCUAGAGAACGGCGGUCUGAAACUAAAUGUUGCGAAGACCGAGUACAUGGCAUGUGGCGGCACGGACCCCGACCCCAUAAAGGUAGGAGACGAAUUUGUCGUGAAAACGAAUAAAUUCAAAUACCUUGGGUCCGUGCUGCACGAAUCGGGUGAAAUCGAUCACGACGUUUCAGCCCGAAUUAGCGCUGCUUGGGCAAAAUGGCGAGAAGUAACCGGUAUCCUCUGCGACCCCAGGAUACCGGUGAAGCUAAAGGGCCUUGUGUACAAGAGCAUCAUCCGACCAGUCCUACUAUAUGGUAGCGAGCCCUGGCCUGUCCUCGGAAGGCAUGUCCAGCAGCUUCACGUCACGGAGAUGAAGAUGUUGCAAUGGAUGUGUGGCGUUACGCGACUAGAUCGCAUACGUAACAAACACAUGCGUGGCAGCCUCGGAAUCCGUGACGUAGCGGAUAAGCUGCAGGAAAGUCGCCUCCGAUGGUAUGGCCAUAUACGCCGCAGACCGGUAGACUACGUCGGAAAUAGAUGCCUCAAUCUCACUGUCCAAGGCCCUAGAUCACGCGGCCGCGGUAGGCCUAAGAAACGCUGGCUGGACGUCGUGACAGCGGACAUGGGAGAGACCAAUCUCACACCUGAGGAUGCCGAAAACCGGGCAAAGUGGAGAAGACUGAGCAGGAAAGCGGACCCUGGCGCUAGGCCGGGAAAACGCUAGGUUUAAGAAGAAGAAGAGGUUGCUGCAAAAGUGUAUUUUAUGACACUUGUACCAUUGUUCUGUGUUUGAGCAUUAACCUCCCGGACGCUUCGGGCCUUCGGCCCUACGCUGAGGUUGGCCUUCGGCCUUCGCAUUUAGACACUUGUACCAUUGUUCUUUGUUUGAGCACUAACCCGGAUGCAUCGGGCCUUCAGCCCUACGCGGAGCUCGGCCUUCAGCCUUCGCAUUUAGACACUUAUACUUUAGUUCUGUAUUUGAGUAUUUGACUUUCCGGACGCUUCGGGCCAUUGGCUCUACGCGGAACUCGGCCUUCGGCCUUCGCAAUAAAGACGCUUGUACCAUUGUUCUGUGUUUGAGCACUAACCUUCCGGACGCUUCGGGCUUUCGGCCCUACGCGGAGGUCGGCCUUCGGCCUUCGCAAUUAAGACACUUGUACCAUUGACGAUCGGUCUGGCCUAGUGGAUAGUGACCCUGCCUGCGAAGCCGAUGGUCCUGGGUUCGAAUCCCAGUAAGGGCAUUUAUUUGUGUGAUGAACACUAAUAUUUGUUCCUGAGUCAUGGGUGUUUUCUAUGUAUAUAAGUAUGUAUUUAUCUAUAUAAGUAUGUAUAUCGUCGCCUAGCACCCAUAGUACAAGCUUUGCUUAGUUUGGAGCUAGGUUGAUCUGUGUAAGAUGUC